ACCAGCCCAAAAUAAUUAUGGAGUAUAACCCAAUCUCUAGAUUUCGGUUUACUACUAUUUCCACCCCCCUUCUUCCUCCGCAUAAACCCUAAAGAGGAGCUCCGCCGUUGAGUGUGCAGAUCGCCAUUGUUAGGUUUUCGAAGCUUUCAUCGCCAUGACUGUCAAGAGGAGAAAUGGAGGUCGAAACAAGCAUGGCCGUGGUCAUGUUAAUUUCAUUCGCUGCUCUAAUUGUGGAAAAUGCUGCCCUAAGGAUAAGGCGAUCAAGAGGUUCCUUGUGAGGAACAUUGUUGAGCAAGCUGCAGUUAGGGAUGUCCAGGAAGCUUGUGUCUAUGAUGGUUACAUUCUUCCUAAGCUCUACACCAAGAUGCAGUACUGCGUCUCCUGUGCCAUCCACUCCCAUGUUGUCAGAGUUCGCUCAACCGAGAAGAGAAGGAUUCGUGAGCCACCACAACGUUUCAGGCGCAGGGAUGAUGCUCCAAAGCCCGGUCAAGGUCAAUCUCAAGGUCAAGGUCAAGCUCAAGCUCCUCGCCCUGGUGCUCCCCCUGCUAGAACUUGAGAAUUUUCUGGCUAGUGAGUGAACAGUUGCCUCCUGGAAAACUCUUUGACUUCUGUAGUUUUUUACUCCUAUUGUUGUAAUGUUGGUUUAUAAAACAUGCUAAAUUAGUAUUGCCUUUUUUGACUCCAUCAAAUUUUGAUAAUUAGAAAAACUAGCAAUACAGUUGUGUUCCUACAA